CCACAGAAGAAGCAGAGACGUGCGUGUCGGACGCUUGUGCUGUACGAAACUUUUCUCUUGAGAAAAUUUAUGACUUCCAGUAAAUAUGUCCACAUCAGUCAUACUGAUACCACCAAAUAGGAGGCAUCCUCCCAUGAUGCCAAAUUGUACCUUGUCCAGCAUUGUGCUCAGUCAUGGCCACCAUGGCAGCGGGGGUGGAUCUGCAUUGGCAGCAGGCGGUGUAAGGAAGCGUGCCGCCUUCAUGAAGUCUCCCUACUACAGGGAGAACAAGCAAAUCCAGUGGUCCAAAGCUCCCCUGAAGAGGAAGCAGUCCUCCAACAUCCAGCAAGUGGCAGUGGCACCCAUUCCUUGUUCGGCUAUCCCACAUGAAGACCUACCUGCAGUGGCACCCAUUCAUCCCUCAGCCAUUCGACAUGCUGACCUACCAACAGAGACAUCCAUUCCUGCCUUGGUGAUCCCACAUGAUGACCAACCGACUGAGACAACCAUUCCUUAUUCAGCCAGCCAACAUGCUGACUCGCCAACAGAGACACCCACUCCUCACUCGGCCAUCCAUGUUGACCUACCAACAGAGACACGCAUUCCUCCUUCAGCCAUCCCACACGAUGACCUACCAGUGGCGUCAAUACUGCCUCGUGUCCCACUGCCCCCCAUCUCCUCUUCAUCUGAACCACUGACCAUCCACAACCUCCCAGUGGAGGAGUACCAACGCAUCUAUCAUGAGGUGGUGGAUGCCAAACUGAGGUCAAAGAAAGGCCGGACCCGUCCGUACAGCCUUGCGCUGGGACAUUCCAUCAAACAGAAGCUGUGGGAGCGUCUGUGUCGUCCCACGUUCACAGAAACGUGUAUGUCCAGCUUCCUGAGGCUCAGCAUGGUCAACAUCUCCUUGCUGUGUACGAUGACAGGGAAGCAUGGACUAAAAUGUCUCAGCUCCAUGUCUUCUCCUGGAGAUAUCACUUUGGACUUCUCAGAUGAGGAUAUGAACUGGCUGAGUCACACAUGCAACUGCAACAUCAAAAAGUGCUCAUGGGAACAGGUCCAGGGCCUGUCACCAACCUCCCCCCCCCCACACCUCCACUCCCUCCCACCGCCUUCACCGCCAUCACCAUUCCACCCUCCCCUCACGGCGGCGGUGACAGGGCUUGUUGACAAACGCCAGCAGUCAUCAGGGCACCAUGGGAAAUCUUCUGCCACCAUUUUGUCAGCAGAAUGA